GUGCUAUUGCUUACUAUGUCCACUCCAAAUCAUCAUUAAGGUAACUACAAUCAUUAUUUAAUCAGUAUAAGAUUUCCUUCCACCAUUGUCGCAUCAGAACUGCUGAACUUGUAAAUACAUACAGAGUUGCACGGCAGUGCAACAUUUUGGAAAAGGAAUUCUCGCCUGGAGUUGAAUUACCUAGUGCACGUGUAUAUGUGAGGUUUAACGGGUGGACCGGAUUUAUUAAUAGGCAAUUUAACCUUAAAACUGAAUGGUUCGUAUAUUUUGUUGAUAGUUUUUUUUAAGAACGAAUUAAACACCGCAAACAGCAUAACGAAAUGAGCUUACUUCAAUGCCGACACUGAAUAAAUCAACUAAAUGUGCUCUGGCUUCAUUCAACUAACCAACAACCUAUUCAACAACCUGGCAAACCUCCUGACACAUUUAGUUACAUAAUCCAUGUGCUCUCUUGGGAGUUGACGCUUCUUUCAACGGAAAGUCGAGUCAUCAACUGGAACAAUAAUAUUGAUCAAAGCGCAUUCACGUAGUGUGAUCCGAAUGUAAAUUUUCUGGUAUAAUUCAUGGCGGUGCACCUUUGUGAAUUUAUUAGCUCAGUUCCUCUCUAAAUCAUUCUGUGAGUGAAGCUUCACUCCACACUGAACGGAAUCAUGACAUCAACUCAAAGCAGUCAAGAAGUGUUAGCUGACCACGACACCGUGGGAGGAGACAACACGUCCAAUAAGGCAAAAUCGACUAAUAUAUUUCUCCGAUUGAUUCAGUAUCAUUACAGAGUAACAAAGUACGAGAAAAGUGAAGAGCAAGUACUUCGCGAGUCCAAACUUUUACCAUGCAUCCCUUUCAAUCGCUGGUUUCUAAUUCCUGCCGCGGUGAUCAUUCAGUUUUGUUGUGGAUCGCUUUAUGCGUGGUCAGUAUUCAAUCAGCCAAUUGAUGUCUUGAUUUACGGCGAAGUUGUGAAUAUGGCCCCGAUUACUUUCUACAUAGCAGUAGGUUCUUUCGGCUUGUCGGCUGCCACGUUUGGACCUUGGUUGGAGAGAAAUGGGCCGAUGGUGUCGUGCUUGUUGGGAACCACUUUAUUUGUCGUUGGAAAUUACAUCACCGCACUUGCACUCUACCUGCGACUGAUUUGGCUAGUUUUUGUGGGGUAUGGCAUCACGAGUGGGGUUGGACUCGGAAUUUGCUAUAUUUCACCAGUGUCGGCCCUUCAGAAAUGGUUUCCUGAUAAACGAGGAAUGGCGAGCGGGCUUGCCGUCUGUGGCUUCGGAGCUGGCUCUAUUAUUUUUGCAAAAGUGCAAUUACCUCUCUAUAAUAACGUUGGGUUGCCCUUAACGUUCGUAGUUCUUGGAUCGGUUUAUCUUGUUCUCAUGGUUCUGUCCGGCCUGGUUCUAAGGACACCACCUCCAAAUUUUAGCGUAGGCAGCGAUCAGACUGAAAACGGAAAAGUUGUAGAAGCCCAUGCAAAUGGAGACCCACCCGAUAAAAUCUCUUUAAUUGACGCAUUAACGUCAAAUAACUACAGAUUCAUGUACGCCAUGUUACUCGCAAACAGUAUUUUCGGUCUGGUUGUCAUCUCUCGCUUAGCAAACAUGACGAAAGAAAUUUUUGGUAAAACUCCGGACGAAGGGGCCACAGUGGUAUCUAUAAAUGGACUGUUCAAUCUAGGAGGGCGAUUAUGCUUCUCAAUAUUGUCGGAUUACAUAGGCAGAAAGAACUGUUUUAUAAUCAUGUUAACGUCACAAUUAAUUAUUUUGGGAAGCUUCUCAACAAUUACAACUACCCAAACCUACUGGGCGUUCUUGAUGACAAUGUUUAUAAUCUCGUCGUGCUAUGGGGCAGGGUUUGGAGUAAUACCAGCCUUUCUUUCGGAUACUUUUGGCGCUACCAAUAUCGGGUCUGCCCAUGGAUUAAUUUUAACUGCUUGGUCGUUGGCAGGAGUGUGCGGCGGGUUGACAUUCACGGCAGUCUUCAAUGCCUACAGGGACGGCGCCCAUCCAUCCGACCCACACCCUUACAAUAUCAACGUGUGGUGGAUUUUUGGCGUCGUGUUUCUGGGCUGGAUCGCCUUAUUAUUUGUGACUCCCACAGCCAAAGAUAGAGCUUUCACAAGACGGCCGAGAUCGUUUUUCAGGAGCAUCAUAAAUCGUAUAACGAAUCGAGAGAGAAGUUUUGAAAUGAAUUAAUUAGUAAUUGAAUUACAUAAACGCAUUUUUGGAAGGAUCUCGUCGAAAAUGUUUUUUUUUACUUGCCCAUACAUAAAAUCAAUCGCUUACCUGUCGAAUAUAUACGAAAACGCGUUACAUGUAAUAUGGUUGCGCUAAAGAGUAUGUUUCAGUAACUGGUAAUAAAUUACUUGUUGCUGCUGUCUUGCUGGAGUAAAGUAACGUGCGAAUAACUAAUGCAGCUGUUAUUAAUUUAUUACAAUAUAUUGCACAGCUAUGAAAAUAUGAUUAAUCACAAUUUAAUGAUCGUCGUUUUACAGUAUACGCGUAGUUGUAAAUAUCCUAAUGUAUAAUUGCAAUGAGAUUUGCAUAUCACAUUUUUAUGGCCAUAAAUAUUCACAAUAACUUUAAUCUAUCUAAGUACGUCUAAUGUUAAUAUUAUUUGAAAUAUAACUUUUUCGUCCUUCAA